AUGCAUACGCAUACAACGCCACCGAUUAUCCACAGUAUAUCGGCUCAGCCAGUAUCGGAUGCCACCGUGGUGCCUCGUGUCGGCGUCGCCGUCUUUGUGCUCAACGAAAAGGGGCAUGUCCUCAUCGGAAAACGCACAGGCAGUCACGGUGCCGGCACUCUCGCUCUUCCAGGCGGUCAUCUCGAACUUCACGAGUCCUUCUACGACUGCGCUGCUCGCGAGACGUUUGAGGAAACCGGUCUCAUUCUCGAAUCACCGCAGAACAGAGCGCAAUCCGAGCUGCUCACACCAUCGCCGCCCCAAUUUUACGCGCAUCAUGGUUCCCAAUCUCCCUCGCAGCCUAUCCUGGCCAGCACCGCAUCAACUCCCUCUCCUCUUGACACUGCUUCCUCGACUACCGCCACAACACAGCCGCGCUACAUCCCUCGCUUGCCUCCCACACCUUUGCAGUUUCUCACCGCGCAGAACUCGGUGCGCAUGAAGGAUUACGGCGAAGAGGGCCACGGAAAACACUACGUCACCAUCUUCAUGAAGGCCAGCGUCCGAACCGACGCCGCCAAUCCUGAAGCGCAUGCUCAGAUCAUGGAACCCACAAAGUGCCUCGGCUGGUGCUGGGUUCCCGUGUCUUACCUGCUAAAUGCCGCUCAUCGGCAGCAUCAACUUCAACUUUUGCAGCUCGCUGCCGCCUCUGAGGGUCGAGCCUUGCCCGUAUCCAUCGACAAGCUUCUCGAAGCAGAGAGCCUGGCUCAAGUACUUCAAGACGCCGGUGAAACCGAUCGUCUUAGCGGAUUUGGCUCAUCCAUCACAUCUGCUUUGCGGUUCGACAGCACAAGACGGCUAUCAUCUGCCACUCUUCAUCAUUCAAAUGGCUCCCGAGACGUCUUUGAUGCCCAAGAGACGCUUGCCUGGGCCGAGGCCGACGACUUUGCACGAGGCGCUCCUCUCUUCCAGCCGCUUGUCAAUGUCAUCAUCGAUCACCCUGACUUGCGGCUUGACUGA